GGCCGAAGAGCUCACUUCGCAGCCAAUCGCCGAGCGACACACUGCCUUCUGAGUCCGACACUGCCCGUCACAUGACCCUCAGCCAGUAGGCCAUAUUUGACAGUGAGCUGUCUAGUUUAGUGAGAGAGUGAACUCGAGUUGAGUAUUUUCAUCGUCUCCGUGGUCGUGUAAAUACCGCAAACAAAUUUAAAAUGGCAGCGGAUAUGGCACCAAUCUACUCCCCUUUCUUCGGCGUGAUGGGAGCCGCCUCUGCUAUCAUUUUCAGUUCCCUAGGAGCUGCUUAUGGCACAGCCAAGUCCGGCACUGGUAUUGCCGCCAUGUCGGUAAUGAGACCAGAACUUAUUAUGAAAUGUAUCAUUCCCGUUGUCAUGGCGGGUAUCAUUGCCAUCUAUGGUUUAGUGGUGGCUGUCCUGAUUGCGGGUAACCUGAAUGAGCCCCCAAAUUACACACUAUUCAAGGGUUUCCUGCAUUUGGGGGCAGGUCUUGCUGUAGGCUUCAGUGGUCUUGCCGCUGGCUUUGCUAUUGGUAUUGUUGGUGAUGCUGGUGUGCGAGGAACUGCCCAACAACCUCGUCUCUUCGUUGGUAUGAUCCUGAUCCUCAUUUUCGCUGAGGUCUUGGGUCUGUACGGUCUCAUUGUUGCCAUCUACCUCUACUCCAAAAACUAAACAGUUCAUUUGCCAUGGUCAUCUGUACUUCAAGAAAGAGGAGAAUGCCCAGCUUCUGGAAUUCUUCUUGUUUAUAAUUUCUUUCUUGUUUCGGGUCCCUCGCUAUGAAAUGCUGGGAAAAUUGGCGGGCAGUGCCGAAAUGUCUCCUACACUGAGCGAUACCCACCAUUCGUAAAAGUAUUCACUUUAGUUUUAGUUUAUUUUCUGAACAAAAGAAAGACAGAGUUCCGGAAGUAUUCAGCUCCAGGAUUUUUUUUCUUACAAAGGCUGAAUAUUGUAGCACAAUUAUUUUUAUUUUUUUAAAAUAUUUAAAAAAUAAUAGGUGGUUUUAAAACGGCUCACUGUACUUUUGAUGCAUAUAUUGUUUUGUACUAAAUUAUGCUUGCCCCAGCAGCAGAAAAUGAAAUGUCUAGCUUGAAAGGUGUUGAUCGCUUGCUUCGCAGCAGACAUUGUGGUGGGCUAGUAUUAUUUGAUAUUACAAUUGUCGCAUAUCAUUCUCCCUUUCUCUCCUUGCUCUUUUGUUAUCACUACUCCUGGGGAGUAGUUUGUUUGUCUUGUGUACAUAUUAUUUUAAAAUUUGAAAUUUUAGUUAGGAGGGUAAGGGUAUAUCCCUUUCAAGCUACUCAUUUUGGUUCUGUCUAGGCCUACCACAAAGUUCUUUUUGUAGGAUUUUCUGAAUCAGUCAUUCAGUCAUAACCAUUUGUUAAAAUGUCUACCAUUUAAAAUAUUGAUGUAGGUAGAACUUACCCCUGGAUUAAUAGUACAACGUACCUUCUGCUUCAUUGGUAUCAUCUACAAUUUAAAUUAUUUUCUGAGCAGCUUGUAGACUCUUAAAUGUUUUGAAAGUUAAGAUCACUUUUAUUGAAUUUUAAAAUUUUGUCUGAAUAUAUAAGCCUUUUGGUCUUAACUGCUGCGUAAAAUUAAAGUGAGGUGUUAGUCUGUUGGUAGUUGUAGUAUUGUUACCUGUUAGUCAGGGGUGGGUACAGUGUUGUUUAAAGUGAAUACUAGAAGAUAAUUUGUACAUUCCAAUGAGUGUCUAUCAUUCUUUGAAAGCAAUCUUUAAGUCAGGAAGAUAAAAUAUGAGUAUAUAUGUAAACAUAUACUGUAUAAUACUUAAGUCACCCUUGGUAAUUUUAGUGGUUCAUCUGUCAUUGAUACAUCAUUUCACCAUUAGGCCACAGUUGAACAGCGGCUGAGUGCUGCGUAUACUGCCCCUCGCUUGACCUGCACAACCCUAUAAAUCUGUAUAAAUGUAUCCCCUAUUGUAAUUAUUGGCAUUGCCUCUGCUGGAUAUUUCCUUAAGUGAUCAUGAUCUAUCUUCCCCUUUUAAUGGGCUGCUAUGAUGUAAAUGUAAAUCAAGACUUCCUCUUCAAGGUUUUACUUGAUUUGAGCUCAGUAGGUUUUUAUUUUAACUUUGUGCAACAGUUGUGAGGAAGCUACUUUGUUGCGUGACAUUGGGAUUACCAUUUUCCAACCAUUUUAUCUACCUAAUUGAGCAACAAGAGCUAUAUUCUCUUGUUGCUUGCAGGUUUGGUUCCAAAUAUUUUAGGCAUUUCUUUUGCUGCAUUCAUUUUUAGAGUGGGAGGUGUGAAUACGUCUUUCUGCUGUGUCCUUUGUUUUUUUUAGAAAGUAUGUUGGCUUUGUUGUAUGAUUCUUGUUUUAAAUUGUGUGUUAAGAGUUUACAAUUCUAGCAUGUUCAGUGAUGGCAACUUUUUUCGACAUUGUUCCUUUUCCGGUGUAUAAAAUAGCAUGUCUGUUAUCUGUGUAUGAAUGAUAUUAAGAAGGAAAUAAAAGAAAUAGAACUGA